AUGCCCAGAUCUCACCGUACAGGUGACUUGAUUUACAAUCUGGAAAUCAAAAAAGAAGCAAGGCGUUUGGCGAAGGAAAAACGAGUUGAACGUGGUCAAACUUCUAACCCCCACGGGGACCCGGAGGUUGAAACCGCUUCAUUAAGUGAGAUAGAACCCGAUUCUAGUCCCGACCCUCGCCAAGAAAUUCCCGAAACACCACCCCUACAACAAAAUCCACCCAUAAUUGAACCAAUUGCAAUGGCGGACGGAGGAGAAGUUCCUGAAAGAACUUUGAGGCAAAUGAUGGAGACCGAUGUUACACAAACUCCAACCGGUAUCAAUUACCUUGGCAAACAAGCCAGAGAAGAUACUUCAAAGAAGAAGCCAAGGGAAGAAGAGGAAGAAAUAGAGAUCAUUCCCAUUGAAGAACCUAUAUUCAAGAACGAUGCACAAGUCGGAGCCCCAAAGAAGACUACCCCUUUAGUAACACCAAUAGCCACUCAACCACCAUUCCCCUCCCGACUUGCCACUUCAAAGAAGAAUAUGGAGGAGAAAGAGAUUUUGGACACCUUCCGAAAGGUGGAAGUAAACAUCCCUCUACUUGAUGCGAUCAAGCAAAUUCCGAGAUAUGCAAAGAAACUUCCACCCAAAUGCAAAGAUCCCGGGAUGUUCACGGUUCCCUGCAAGAUUGGAGAUGUCACUUUUAGUAGUGCUAUGCUUGAUCUUGGUGCCUCUAUCAAUGUCAUGCCCUAUUCGGUGUAUGAAUCAUUGAAUGUCGGACUCUUAAGUGAAACCGGUGUCAUAAUCUCUCCUGCGGAUAAAUCAUGUGUCUUUCCUAGAGGUGUUUUGGAAGAUGUCCUAGUGCAAGUGAACCAAUUGGUCUUCCCGGCGGAUUUCUAUGUGAUUGAUCUAGAUGAGCAAGUGUCCUCCAAAUCGACUCUAAUCUUGAUUGGGAGACCGUUUUUGAAGACGGCUAGGACGAAGAUCGAUGUGUAUGCGGGAAGUUUGACAAUGGAGUUUGAUGGUGAAACAAUAAGUUUUAAUAUUUAUGAUGCCAUGAGAUAUCCUAGUGAUGUUUCAUCUUUGUACUUUGUUGAUGUUGUCGAGCCAAUCACUGAAGAAUUGUUUGAGUUAUCUAACGGUGAUAUAUUGGAGAUGAUCUUAAGCAAACGAUUCGAUUGUGGGAAGCUAGCCGAGCAAUUAAAACUUUAUUCUUUGGAUCCGAAAGUUGAGAAGUUGGUAAAUAAAAUGGAGAUGAAGAAAUCCACAAGAUUAGAUGUCAAGCAAGUUGAAUUGCCCCCAACUCAUACAAAAUUGCCCCCAUUCCUUGUUCAACCACCCGAAUUGGAAUUAAAGGUCUUACCUCAACACUUGAAGUAUGCCUAUUUGGGAAAGAAUGAAACCCUUCCGGUUAUCAUUUCAACUCACUUAACUGAAUUUGAAGAAGAACAACUCAUCAAGGUGUUGAAGGAGCAUAAAGAAGCCAUGGGAUGGAUGAUUGCGGAUAUCAAGGGAUUGAGCCCCUCCACUUGUAUGCACAAGAUCUUAAUGGAGGAUGAAUAA